UAUGGAUUGUGAAAGAUUUGCUAGGCUCUAAAUAAAAAUAUUAUUACAAAUCCGAGCAACAAAGGAUAGAUUUUGCCGGACUCCUAUCGUCUUCCCCUCUUUCCACGAUUCAUAUCCUCUCCCGUUCAUCAAAAACCUAAUCCAGAGAAAUAAAAACCCAUAAAAGCAAUGAUUCAUGUAUUGAAAAUCAACUGAGCAAAAACCCAACUUGGAAACAAGUUUACAUCAUAGUGCCUAGUGGGACUGUGGGAGAGACCCAUUUUGGGUUUCGGAUCGAAGAGUUGGGGAUGGAGUGCGGACUUUAUGGGUUUUUACUUCUCCGAAUUAGGAUUAAAUACACCCCUUCCGUCUCUUCCUUCCCUACUAUCCCUGAUCAAUUCGUGGGCGACGCCGACGUGGAGCUUACACCGGAGAGCAACAAUCCUACCAAUGCCAACGAGGAGGAAGAAGAAACAAAAAAUGGUGAAGUUUUUGGAACUCUUAAUUAUUGUGGCACCGUCAUGAUGGUCCGGAAAAGCACCUAAGGGCGAGGCACCCCGUGGAGUACGCCAAAUACUCGGCGAAAAAGAAGGAACGACAAGAAGUGCAAACCCAAAUUUUUCAGUUUGCUAACAUGGGUAAGGUGGCCUUUUUGCUUAUAACGACGAGCGAAAUAAUCAAAAAAUGGCUAAAAUAAUUUGUAAAGAAAAAUUUGCCAUACAU